ACACUCUGAGGUAGAUUCUUCAGACAUGCAGAAGAGCGCCAAAUUCCUGAAGAAUCUUGAUCCAUACGUCCCAUAAUUACUGCAAGCUGCUUCCCAGUCCCGCUGAGGGAUGAGUCGUCUAGUGGGCCGGGCAAGGCAGAUGUUCAGUCGGAAUCAACGCCCCAGUGCUGAAGCGGAAGAUGAGAAACGGCUGUUUCCUAAUUUUGAGGAAAAAACAGAUGGAGUGCCGAUCAUUCCUGGACAAACCUUUACCCACAAGGCGAAGCGGUCAAAUUUGCUUCAAUCCCCUUUCAAACCUCUGGACCGAAUCUCACAAAAGGCGAGGGAAAGCGGGCCGGUGAACUCGAAAGCGCGGGCGAAACAAACUGCCGCUCGGCAGACUGUGAACAACCCCCAUCGCCUCAGUACCAGCAUUGCCGAAGAGGAGUUCGAAGAGUCAACACGUCCCUCUAAGCGUCAACGUCGCCAAGGUCCAGCAGAGAGUUCGGCCAGCGUCGUGGACCUCUCAUAUGAAGACGCGACAGAGGCAACGUCGCCCAAUCUACAGCAUUCCCCGCGCUUAUCGACCUCCUCCAGUCAUCAUUCGACCAAGGGCAGGAAGUCCCUCUCCGGUCUCAGCAAUGUCGAGGAAUUCUGGGAUGUAGAAAAGAUGACCAGAUGCGGAUACCAGAACAGCCCUAAGUCUAGCCGACAUCAACCCUUGUCCGGGACCUCGCACCCCAAAACGCUCAGCAGAGCGCAACAGUCGUUAGUUUCCAUCAUGGGUGACUCCGAUCGUUCAUAUGCCAAGCGAUCGAGUCCGGCCUCCACAGCCCGAGUCUUUGAUCGGGUUCAGAUAUUUGUGCCACCCGAGGGAAAGGAAUCAGCAAACCAUUCAACUCUACAGAAAAAAUUUGUACCUACGGAUGGGAGACGCCGCUCGUACGAUCCGAGGGAGAGUCCUGACGAAUUGCAAGGUGAAGCCACUGUGCCGCCUCGUCCGGCUAAUUUCAUCGUUCGUCGAACCAGGGCCCCUGAGCAUGGACAAGAAGCUUCAGGCAAAACACGCAGAGAACCUAGUCGAUCGCCUUCACCGAGGGAUAUUCGACCCACCCGCUUCCUGUCAGGUUUACAACAUGAACCCCAGAAACUCACUCAAGGCACACCAAAACCAGAGAGGAUCCCGCGUGCCAAAAGAAGAUACUUUGACGCGAAACUCAUCCGAUUCGGUUCAAUUGAUCUGGAGGCUUCUGACAAGCAACCUAUUCAAGUUCAAGUAGACAACACAAAAGAGACCAUUGAGUUGUCUGAGGCUUCGCGAGAACCCGGGAGCAACACAAGCAUUCCUAUUCAGAAACUUAUCGUACUGUUUCGAGGGACAGAACCCAGCCAGAAAGUACGAUUAAAGCUGUCAAAGAGCAAAGACGGGGGCGACCUGAUCGAUUUGGAAUUCUUAACCUCAAGGGAUAAAGAGGAUUUGUGCUCCCUCCUCGCCCAGAAGGGCGUGAAGGUGCAGGAAAAGUCAUGUGAAUGGAUGAACAAGGCCUUUCAAAUCUACAAACAAAAUCAAACUCGCCAAUCAUCCGGAACAAAACGCCCUUGUGUGGAAAGCGUGCCAGAGCCUGUUCCUGCGGCCACAGUUCAAGUGGUCAAGCGGGCUAAACUCUCUGCUUCUCUCCAGGAAGCCGUGGAAAUUCUUUCCAAGGAUCAUGUCCCCUCUGCACCAAAUUCCGCAUCGCCGACGUCGCCCAACAAACGGUCCGAAAAUUCCGAUUCUGGGGCCCAUAGCCAUCCCCGGAAUACACGCCCUGAUGACGAAAUUUUGAUUCCUGUGAAGAAGUUUGAGCCAAAUCCAUCCUUUGCUCGUGAGACAAGAUCAAAGGCGCGUCGAGCGACAUCACCAGUAUUAUGUGAUGACGACGAUAAUGCGAAAGUACAAACAACACCUGAGCGAAAGGGCGGCAAAUGGAAAAAACCCCUUGUGUAUCCACCUCUUGGAAAGAAGAAAGCGGAAGUGGAUUUCAAUGAUCGCGAGCGCCUCAAAGAAGGAGAGUUUCUCAACGACAACCUUAUUGGAUUCUAUGCCCGCUUCCUAGAGGACCAUCUAGGACGUACUCGUCCGGAAGUUGCCAAGCGGAUCUAUUUUUUCAACUCGUACUUCUUUGCGACGCUCACAAAUCUGCCACGGGGUCAACGCGGGAUCAACUAUGAAAGUGUGCAGAAGUGGACACGACAAGUGGAUAUCUUUAGCUAUGACUAUAUCGUGGUCCCGAUCAAUGAGUCUUAUCAUUGGUAUGUCGCUAUUAUCUGCAAUCUCCCGGCUUUGCAGAUCACACCUCCUGCUACUUCAGAAACGGAAGCGGGCAUUCAAGAGAAUGAAACAGAACCCCCGUCUCAAGCGCAAAGUGAGGUGCAAGAAAUACCAGAGACCCCAGAACCAGACGAGCCCGGUGAAGGGACAAAGACGACUCUCGACCACAAAGCCGAGCCAAUGAAGGAAGAAGUAGCUCGUCAGUCAUUAGCUUCUAUGACCUUAUCUGAUAAUGAUAAGGCGGAGGGAGAGGAUGACCAGGGGACAACUCAGAGUACCAGCGAUGGGGAAUGGCCAGAAGGCGAAGAAAACCCAACAUCAGCCUCUACGAAGUUCGCUGAGUCGAAUGAGAAGGUUGACAAGCCCGUCAAGAGCGGCGACAGUGUCAAGGAUGAGCCUCGGGCCGCAAGGUCGUCGCAGAAAGGCGGGAAAUCAAAAAAGAGAGCGCCCCCUUCGUCGGCUAAACUUGACGCUCAACAGCCGGUUAUCAUCACUUUUGAUUCAUUGGAUUUACCUCGUUCGCCGACAAUUAAGCUUCUGCGCGAAUACCUUCAGCAAGAGGCUUCAUCCAAGAAGGGAGUCGAGCUAGAUACGAGUUUAAUCAAAGGCAUGAGGGCUCGGCAGAUACCGUUCCAGUCCAACUUCUCUGACUGUGGGUUGUAUCUGCUGGCCUACCUUGAGAAAUUUGUCCAGAACCCUGAGCAAUUCAUCACCAAACUGCUCCGCAGGGAGAUGCAAGUGGAAAGGGAUUGGCCUGUUUUAAAAUCAGGGUUUCUGCGAAGCCGUCUUCGCAAAUUUUUGGAUGAACUGUAUAAUGAACAAGAGCAACAACAGCAACGAAACGGCCGAAAGCCAACCAACAAUGAGAUCAUGGCUGAUCAGGAAGUUGUUUCUUUCCUUCUGGGCUCCCAUGAACUGAAUGAAAAAGAAGCUGCCGAAAAAGGCGAGCAAACGGAACAGAAAAAAUCGGAGUCCAGAGUUGAUCCAAAGGAGGGCCCCAUUGAGACGGGAAAAAGCAUGGAGCAGACCCUCGAGGGUGUCUCACAGCUGGAAGGCUCAUCCUCGUCCAAGCUAUCGAACUCACCUGAGGGGGAAAAUACUGAAACUGUGGCAAUGUCAAAGCAGGCCCGGAGAGGUCGCGCUGACGGUGCGGUGGUUGAAGUUCCAGACAGCCAAGAACAAGAGUAUGGCGAUGUUGGCCAAGCCGACCUUCGUGCCAGCUUUGAGCAGGGUCGUGACAAUGAACACCCAGUACAGACGCCUCGUCAAGACACUGGCGGCUCCACAGUUGAAGUGCAGAUCCCCGGGACUCCUCCAAAAAGCUCUCCCCAAGCCCAGAAGUCUGUACGAAAGAGUCCGAGAAACUCGAAAAAAGGGGUUAAGAAGAUGGUACCGAAUGAUGUCGAGAUCAUCCAGUUACCUGAUACUCAAUGAAAGAUGGACGCAAUCGAAUGUUUUUUUUUUCUUUUUCAUGACCAAGCUAUCACUAUUGAUUUAUUUACCAGCGGCAUUGAUAUCUGGCGUUGAAGGCAUAGGAACCUGUC